AUGUCUGUUGCUGAAUCUCUCCGAGAGUUUGUGACCGAGCGGCUCGCUGCUGCUACUGAAGACAUUUUGGGAGUUUUGAACAGAACUGUGGUCCAGUACGAGGAAGAGCUGGACCGUCAACGCAGACUGCUGGAUUUGGUUUGGAAACCUCACAUUCUCUUACACAGAAUCGGUAAGAAGAGCCAAGUUUAGACUGAAUAAUGAAGCAGAAGCUCGGUUUAGAUCAGGGCUGCCUCUCCUCUCGGUUUCCAUGUAAACACAUUCUCUUUAAGUUACAACUUAUCUUACUGCUCUUUUCUUCAUAGUAUCAAAACUUAUUUAACAUUGUAUUGCAAAUUUUAUGUCAUUUAUCUUGCUAGAGUCGAUCAGUAUUGCACCUCAAUUCUUCAACAUUUUAACUGAAUUGUGUUUAAUGUUACUUCUCAGUCCUGAAAAUAUGACAUCCUUCUCGUGAUUCCAAUUCUCUGUUUUCUGUCUGCUGGGUCUAAAACCUGCAACAUUUACCUGAUAACAUAUAAAGAAGAGAAAGACAAUGGUAUAUACUCGAGGAGAAUGGACCGAGAUAGCUUCAGGUACCAUGUCGAAACCACUCUAAAGGUAUUUCCGCCCAGUCUCUUUUAUUUAGUCUUGUCCCUGGUUACACAAUGUUUCUAAAAGGGGUGGUAGAUGGUGCAGCAAAGUAAACAUUCUCAUAAAGCAUAAUAAUGAACACUUGUGAAUAUGUGAAGGUCAAGGCAGCAUCUAAUGAGCUCCUUCUGAUAACAGCGGCACCUCCUCAAAAACUCCCCACGAUUUAUAGCGGAGGAUCCAUCACUCACACUCCCCCACCUGCUGAUAGGAAAGACACAGUCACAGAAAACUGAAAGAACAUUGUUGUGCUGUGUAGUAAAUCUGUUGGAGAGAGAAGUUAGGAAACACUCUUAUAUAAUGUAUAAAAAGAGGUCAAAACAGUUUAUACUUGUAGUCAACUCUUACAUAAGAAUAUGAGGAAUAAUGAUAACUUCUAUAUACAUUUAUGCACAUUAUUCUAACAAAGACAAUGGUAUAUACUCGAGGAGAAUGGACAGAGAUAGCAUCAGGUACCAUCUCGAAACCACUCUGUAAGGUAUUUCCGCCCAGUCUCUUUAUUUAGGGUUGUCCCUGGUUACACAAUGUUGCUAAAGGGUGGGGGAAAAUAUGUGCAGCAACGUAAGCACUCUCAUAAAACAUAACAAUGUACAACUGUGAAUAUGUGAAGUUCAAGGCGACAUUGUUGCAUCUAACGAGCUCCUUCUGAUAAGAGCGGAUCCUCCUCUAACUUCCCACGAUACCAAAACAGUGGAGGAUACAUCCCACACACCUGCUGAUAGGAGAAACGAGGUCACAGAGAAGUUAAGAAACAUUCAUGUGCUAGGUAAUGAAGCUAUUGGAGAGAGAAGUUAGAAAACACUCUUAUAUGUGUAACAAGAGGUCAAAACAGUUUAUACUUGUAGUAAACUCUUACAUAAGAAUAUGAGGAAUAAUGUUAACUUCUAUAUACAUUUAUGCAUAUUAUUCUAAAACUGUCCCAUCUCAUUGACAUAUUUAUGCUUCUGUGUUCCUGCAGAUAUUCCACAACAACAUGACUGUGAGGAGGACGAGGUUGUCUCAGACCUGCAUCCCUGGAACCAGGAGAGGAACUCCAGUCCGGAACAAGAGGACCCAGAGCCUCUACAGAUUAAAGAGGAAGAGGAGGAAUUCUCCACCAGUCAGGACAGAGAGCAGCUGGAACCAAAGCAGGAGACUGAACCCUUGAUGUUAACUCUAACCUGCCAUGAACCAGAAGUAAAGAAGGAAGACCAGUUCCUGUCUCACAACUCUCAUGAGGCUGCAAACCAAGAUCCACAGAAAGACAAGCUCACAGAGUCAGAAUCAACUUCAAAAUCAGAACUACACCCCCCAAAAAAAGUUUACAAACGAAGAAGUCAGAAGACAAAACAGCCUAAGGUUCACUCUGAUCCUCAACAAGGUGAAAAGACUUUUAAAUCUGACACAAAUAGGGAAACUUUAACCAGCAAUUCAAAUUUACAGACACAUCGAAGUGUUCCCACUGGUAAGAAGCAUACUUGUGAGAGUUGUGGGAAGAUAUUCAGAUACAAGUAUUUGCUGACAAAUCACUCAAGAUCACACACAGGUGAGAAACCAUACUCCUGUGGGAAAAGCUUCAAGUGGAAACCAGAUUUUAAAAAGCACAUGGAAAUACAUUCAAGAGAAAAGCUGACCACCUGCAAAACAUGUGGCAAAUCUUUUACCUAUACAAGUCACCUGAAAAUACACAUGAGAAAACACACAGGUGAGAAACCAUACUCCUGUGGCACUUGUGGGAAAAGCUUCAUGGUGAAUUCAAGUUUAAAAACACACAUGCGAAUUCAUUCAGGAGAAAAGCUGUUCACCUGUGAAACAUGUGGCAAAUCUUUAACCUGUACAAGUAGCCUGAGAAUACACAUGAGAAAACACACAGGUGAGAGACCAUACUCCUGUGGCACCUGUGGGAAAAGCUACAAGGUGAAUUCAAGUUUAAAAACACACAUGCGAAUUCAUUCAGGAGAAAAGCUGUUCACCUGUGAAACAUGUGGCAAAUCUUUUAAUCGUACAUUUAGCCUGAAAAAGCACACGAGAUCACACACAGGUGAGAGACCAUACUCCUGUGGCACCUGUGGGAAAAGCUUCAUGGUGAGUUCGAAUUUAAAAAGGCACAUGCUUAUUCACUCAGGAGAAAAGCUGUUCACCUGUGAAACAUGCAGCAAAUCUUUUAACAGGAAGGAUCAAUUAAAACUGCACAUGAGAACACACACAGGUGAGAAACCGUACACCUGUGGCACCUGUGGGAAAAGCUUUGAUAAGUCUUCAGUUUUAAAAACGCACAUUCUUAUUCACUCAGGAGAAAAGCUGUUCACCUGUGAAACAUGUGGCAAAUCUUUUAAUAGUACAAGUGACCUGAAAACACACAUGAGAACACACACAGGUGAGAGACCGUACUCCUGUGGCACUUGUGGGAAAAGUUUUGCCCAGACUUCAAGUUUAAAAACGCACAUGCUUUUUCAUUCAGAAGAAAAGCUAUUUACUUGUGAAACAUGCAGCAAAUCUUUUGUCAGUGUAACUAGACUGAAAAUACACAUGAGAAAACACACAGGUGAGAGACCAUACUCCUGUGGCACCUGUGGGAAAACCUUCAGUCAGACUGGACAUUUAAAAAAGCACAUGGUUAUUCACUCAGGAGAAAAGCUGUUCACCUGUGAAACAUGCAGCAAAUCUUUUAACAGGAAGGAUCAACUUAAACUGCACAUGAGAACACACACAGGUGAGAGACCGUACUCCUGCCGCAUUUGUAGGAAAAAGUUCAGUGCGAAUUCCAGUUUAAAAUUGCACAUGCUUAUUCACUCAAGAGAAAAGCUGUUCACCUGUGAAACAUGCAGCAAAUCUUUUGUCAGUACAACUAGACUGAAAAUGCACAUGAGAAUACACACAGGUGAGAGACCAUACUCCUGUGGCACCUGUGGGAAAAGCUUCAUUCAUUGUUCAAGUUUCAAAUACCACAUGCAAAUUCACUCGAGAUCAGAAUUUCACCUGUGA